CGAUCUGAAAGUGAAAGUGGCGGGAGAGAGUCUCAGCGCACAUAAGUUUGUGUUGGCGGCUCGCAGUGACGUCUGGAGUCUGUCCAACCUGGCGUCCACCUCUGAACUGGACCUGUCAGAUUGCAAACCUGAAGUUGCCAUGGCGAUGUUGCGCUGGGCGUACACGGACGAGUUGGAGCUCACUGAAGAUGACGCCUUCCUUAUCGACUUGAUGAAGCUCGCCAACCGUUUCCAGCUGCAGCUGCUCAGAGAGAGGUGUGAAAAAGGCGUCAUGUCCUCGGUGAAUGUCAGGAACUGCAUCCGCUUCUAUCAAACCGCCGAAGAGCUGAACGCCACCACGCUGAUGAACUACUGCGGGGAGAUCAUCGCCAGUCACUGGGUGAGUUCGGACAGGACGUGACUGACAAGAAAAAAAUAACAUUUCGGACAAAUGUGCAGCCAAAAGUGCUUCACACACCAAAACUAA